GCCAGCCUUCCCUCCGCUCUGUCAUUUGCCGUUCUUCUAAAAAACAAAACAAACCGAAAGGGAAAGAAAAAAAAAAAAUUAAGCACAUUUGGCAAAUGCCGAAACCCCAAUUUUGGCCUAUGGCUGCAAACAAAGCUGGAAGGAGGGGGUCCUACGGACAUUAUCCAAUUUCCCCACAGCCCCCACCUCCCACCACAUCCUGGCCGACCCGUGAUCUAUGAACUUGAUCUGUAGGCCUGGAGACUCCUCUUCACGUCCGUCCGGACACCCCCCCCCCGCCCCGCCCCUCACGUCCUUCUCCCAGCCCCUAGCUCUGAGCUGCCUCUGCUGCUGGAGCUUCUACGGCUGGAGGGCACAGCCGCCCCCAGCCUCUGCAGAGCGCUCAACGCCUGGGGCUCCUGGAGCGCGGGAGCCAGGGGCCAGGCGGCCAGCCUGGGGCAGUUCAGGGCAGUUCUGGGGCAGGUCUUCAUCAAACUCCUCCACCCGCAUCACCACACCCACUUUAUUAAUUGGGGGGGGGGUACUGAACACAGGCAGUGCCCAGGGGCAUCUCUGGCUGCGCCUGCCUCUCCCGAGCUAUGCCCGGGGCCUUCCCGCCUCCUCCACGCGCACCUCCGCGCCCCCUGAAGAAGGGGGGAGAAAGAAAUACGCAUUAAUAUCACGAGCCUUCGCGCACCAUCGCGCGCCCCCUCAACCACCUGUCUCUGCGCUCUCCCUCCCCCACUGCCUUCCUCAACUCCGGGCGCCCCCUCUGCAGCAGCGGGGCACCACGCCCACUGCGGAGCCGAGAAACGGAAGACCCUUUAGAGAACUGGAAAAGAGCUGUGAGCCCUCGCUCCAGAAAAGUGCACGUGCACCCAUAAACAUAGCUUCGCGUGGUCAGAGAAUUCUCCUGCUUCUCAAAGCUCCGGGGACCCAGCUGAAGGACACCGUCUCUGCCAGUACCCUAAGCCAGUCCAGCCUGGUGAUCGCCUGUGUGGCUGCCUGUUUGCUCAUGAGGCUUCUUCCUUCAGGCACACCCCUUCUCCCCCAGUCCCACCUUUCUGCCUGUGGAAUAUCUGCUUCUCCUUGAAAGCCGGCUCGAAUACCGCCU